AUUCUUAAUGCAUUCAUAUCAAUUCUAGAUACCUGUGGAAAUUCAGAAGCAAGAAAGAAAGAACAGAAAGAUGGAAGUGGUUCAAGUUCUUCAUAUGAACAAAGGAGAAGGGGAAACCAGCUAUGCCAAGAAUUCAGUUGUGCAGAAGAAGAUAAUAUCAAUUGAAACUUCAAUAAUCAAGGAAGCAGUGCAAAAGUGUUUGGAAAAGAAUUUCCCUGAUAGUAUGGGAAUUGCAGAUUUGGGAUGUUCAACUGGACCUAACAGUCUAAUGGUAAUUUCUGAUGUAAUAGAUACAAUAUAUGCCACAAGUAAUCAAAAGGAAAUUCCAUUGCCGGAGAUAAGGGUUUCAUUGAACGAUCUUCCGGGCAAUGAUUUCAAUAGCAUAUUUAUCUCUUUGCCGGAGUUCUACAAUCAACUCAAAAAGGAGAAGAACAUUGGGCAGGAAGGGUGCUUUAUUUCAGGUGUGGCUGGCUCUUUUUAUGGGAGGUUGUUUCCUAAAAAGAGUCUGCAUUUUGUUCACUCUUCUUCGAGUCUCCAUUGGCUUUCACAGGUUCCACGAGUUUUGGAUUCAAACAUCCUCAAGCCUCUGAACAAAGGAAAAAUCUAUAUAUCAAAAUCAAGUCCAAGAAGCGUACUGGAUGCAUAUUUAUCACAGUUUAAGAGAGAUUUCACAUUGUUCCUGAAAUCUCGAUCGGAAGAAAUGGUUGUUGAUGGACACAUGGUGUUGUCAUUCAUAGGCAGAGUCUCUGCCGAUCCCGCAUCAGGAGAGAGUUGCAUGCAGUGGGAACUCCUAGCACAAGCUCUCAUGAGUAUGGCCUUAGAGGGUAUUAUUGAAGAAGAGAAGAUUGAUUCUUUCAAUGCACCCAGUUAUGCUCCAUCUGCUCAGGAAGUGAGAUCUGUAGUAGAAGAAGAAGGUUCAUUCACGAUUAAUUGUCUUGAGGCCAUCGAGAUUGAAUGGGAUGGGGGUCAGCAAGCUGUUAAAACAAUUAGGGCUGUGGCUGAAUCAAUGCUGGAAGUCCAUUUUGGAAAAGAAAUCAUGGAUGAAUUGUUUAAAAGAUAUGCUGAGCUGGUUGGUGAUUAUAUUUCCAAAACUAGGGCAAAAUUCUUUUAUUUGGUAAUUUCUUUGACCAAAAAGGGUUGAGUGAAGUAAUCACUAAGGAAAUUAUGCAAAAUGUUAACUAGUUUUACUGAAUAAUGUUUUUGAUUUAUCUGUUAUGAUUCAAAAAGUUUUUUUAUGUAAUAUUUAUGACUAUAAUUUGCUUGCAGCUUUCCACAAAGAAUGAUAAUCUUGAUUUUCUAAUGUUUA